GUGUAAGGUUUGAUCUCUGUGUAUAGUAACAGUUGACCAAGAGGGAAGUGGUGGUCACACAGUGAGGGUGGAGCAUGGUGCUAUAUAGAGGUCUGGCACAGCAGGAGGCAGGAAGCACCCCCAGGACAGUCAGAAAAUUCUCAGUUGACAGCUGGUCGCCAGCCAAGAGAAUGUGGCCAGGCUGGGUGGUCAGGCUGGGCCUGCUGCUGCUGCUACUGUGUGCCCCUGGCAUCUGGGGCACUGAUACCUGCCCAGAAGUCAAGAUACUGGGGCUGGGCAGCGAAGACAAACUCACCAUCCUUCGAGGCUGCCCAGGACUGCCAGGAGCCCCUGGACCCAAGGGAGAUGCAGGGGCUGCUGGAGAGAGAGGGGAACGAGGCUACUCUGGAGCCCCCGGGAAGGCAGGGCCCCCUGGACCCAAAGGAGCCCCAGGAGAGAAGGGAGAACCUGGGGAGAAAGGUGCCUGGAAGGCUGAACAAUGUGACACAGGUCCACGGAGCUGCCACCAGCUGUUGUCCAAGGGUCAUGCUCUCAACGGCUGGCACACCAUCUUCCUGCCUGACUGCCAGCCCCUGGAGGUGCUAUGUGACAUGGACACGGAUGGUGGGGGCUGGACUGUUUUUCAGCGCCGCAGCGAUGGCUCCGUGGACUUCUACCGGGACUGGGAGUCCUACCGUCGGGGCUUUGGCAGCCGGCUGGGCGAAUUCUGGCUGGGCAAUGAGAACUUGCAUGCGCUCACCUCCCAGGGCACCUGGGAGCUGCGAGUGGACCUGGUUGACUUUGAGGACAACCGCCAGUAUGCCCACUAUUCGUCAUUCAAGAUAGGCAGCGAGAGUGAGCAGUACCCGCUGCUGCUGGGGAACUUUGUGGGGGGCACCGCAGGUGACUCCCUCAGUUCACACAAGGACCGGAAAUUCUCCACCAAAGACAGAGACAAUGAUAGUAAUGGCUCUCAGUGCGCCAUAACGUACCAAGGAGCCUGGUGGUACUACAACUGCCAUGUGUCCAAUCUCAAUGGCCGCUACCUGGGCGGCAACCAUAGUAGCUUUGCCAACGGAAUCAACUGGAAGUCUGGGAAGGGCUACAACUACAGCUAUAAGAUAUCAGAGAUGAAGCUGCGGCCUGUCUAGUGGCUGUGCAGCCCAUGGUAUCUCCAAUGAUGCCCCACUCCAUCUAGGGGACCUGAUCACUCCUCACCCUGACCCAGUCUAGGAUGAUGCCGUGGCCUGUCAUCGGGACUCACAAUCUGGCAACCCAGAGCAUCUUCCUAUUGUAUCUCAGUGGGCGUGCUGUCCCUUAUUUUCACCACCUGCAUCCUGACAAUCGCUGCUUGUCAAAGUCCCCCUGGAUCCCCGUGACUCCCCAAGUUCUGUCCUUAACCCCAUGUUAUAAAAGUGUUUGCUGCCUGA